AUGCCCUCCCGUCAGAGACCUGCUGCAUCGGGUUAUGCACGCCUUGCGCAGGCUGAUGAGGAUGACGGUCCCCUGACCGACGACUCCGGCGACGAAGACUAUGCCCAUACGCCGCUUACCACCCGGUAUGCCUCUAUACAACCUGCUCCGCGAGAGGGAAUGCGCCCUGGCAUCUCUCCUCAUCCUCGAAGAAAGGCGGGUAGACGGAUGAGAAGUAACUCAUCCGGAGUUGAUAUCAAAGCAAUCAAUGCUAGACUGGAAAGAUGGGCCGAGGAAAUCGCGUCCAAAUUCAAAAUCAGCUCCGUCAAGGGCAAGACACAAGAGGAGGAACAACUAGAGAUACACCACUCUGUUUUCCAAGCACCCCCAGGCGUACGUCCUUACACUGCUCAGCAAAUCACCGCCUAUUCUACUACGGAGUCGGAUAGAAUGACGAGAUUCCAAUUCAAUGAUAUUGUGGAAUCCGUUCGUGUUGCCAUUGAAGUCGGAACUCAUCCCAAAAUGAUUUCACAAGGCAGCUCAGGCAGUUACUUUGCUCGAAAUAGCGAGGGUAAAGUAGUUGGGGUCUUCAAGCCCAAAGAUGAAGAGCCAUACGCAUCGAGAAACCCGAAAUGGACGAAAUGGAUCCAUCGCAAUCUAUUUCCGUUCGCUUUCGGGAGAGCGUGUCUCAUUCCUAAUUUAUCUUACGUCUCCGAAGCUGCUGCGUAUGUACUGGACUGCCAAUUACGAACAAAUUUGGUCCCCUACACAGAUAUCGUCUGGCUAUCCUCAAAGUCCUUCUACUACGACUUCUGGGAACGACGGAGUAAUUGGCGAGGCAAAAAGAGCUUGCCUGCAAAGGUCGGAAGUUUCCAGGUCUUCUUAAAAGGGUUCAAAGAUGCAAAUAUCUUCUUACGGGAGAACCCUUGGCCUGACCAGCAGACCGAGUUUCGGGGAGACCUUGAACAUAAGCGCAAAAGGAGACCGUUGACCAACUGCAUCCCCGGAGGUGCUCAGUCGGAUGAUGAGGACCAAAUACCACGCGUGGCAUCACCAAUGCCUCAGGAACAAGCACCCAAAUUCCAAUGGACACCACCACUAAAGCAAGCAUUCCGCGAGGAGCUCGAGAAACUGGUUAUACUAGAUUACAUCAUGCGGAAUACUGAUAGAGGACUCGACAAUUGGAUGAUUAAAAUUGAUUGGAAACAUGAAGAAGUGUCGAUCGUUGCUGAACCACCAAAGUCGAACGGAUCCAUGAUGCCAGGCGAUGCUGCGCCUCGCCCUGUGUCAGUGAGCCCAAGACCAGAAUCUAACACAUCAAGGCCAUAUCGAAGAUACGAAGCUAUGGAAAGCCGGUCUGGAACACCUUCAAAUGCGCCUGACCAACCUCAGCCUUCAAUAUCGAUAGGGGCCAUUGACAACAGUUUGUCGUGGCCAUGGAAGCACCCUGACGCUUGGCGGAGUUUCCCAUUUGGCUGGCUCUUCCUUCCGGUCUCCCUCAUCGGACAGCCAUUUUCACAAAAAGCACGUAACCAUUUUCUCCCCUUACUCACAUCCACUGCUUGGUGGAGCGAAACCCAAAUGGCGCUCAGGAGAGUCUUUGCUCAGGACGCCGACUUCAAGGAAAGCAUGUUCGCACGGCAGAUUGCGGUCAUGAAAGGUCAGGCAUGGAAUGUUGUUGAAACUCUCAAACAAGACGACCAUGGCCCUCUUGAGCUCACUCGACGAACGCGAGUAUGUGUGUGGGAUGAUCUCGUCGAUGUUCCAGUCGCGAUACCAAUGCGAGUACCCUCAGCAGAGAUGAGCAGGAGAAAAGCCAGGGUCGAUCAGGAAGAAGAAAUGGACAUCGGAGCGUCGUAUGCCUCCGCCCCAUCGGGACGACAUGCGCCACCACUUGAUCUCCUCGGCUCACCAACAACCGAGCUCCCCAAUCCCAACCGCUUCGACCUGACUAGGGAUGACAGCGCCGGCGAUAUAUCUCACCUUCCCAACGAUGAAAGCCCAAGCAGUCCCAUAUUAACGAGCAUGAACCCAUUUGACGCCAAGGAAGCCCGCAACUCUCUAGGCAACAGCGCCUCGGUGCCCAUACGACCUAACCCGAAGCACCGCUCGCGCUUCAGCUUCGAAUUCCCACGCCAGACCGUCCUCAAGAGCAACACCGUCGGGGGCAGCGGCAAUGCCGCGAAGAGACAGAGGUCACUCUCAACACGGAGUGGCAAGCCGCCGCAAAUCUUCUACGAAGGUGACGAUCUCGAGGGUGACUUGGGAUACGCCGCUGCAAGUGACAUGGAGCAGAAUAAACGGAAAGUCAUCGUCGAGAGGCUCGAGACCGUCAAGAGCAAGAAGCCUGUCUUCACUUGGUGUUAA